UGUAAAUAAGUGGAUUGAGUGCUCAGUUCACUUUUGAACCUGAAGCGAUACCCACCUGAGAGCAAAACGUUGAUAAAUAGUCUCGUAAAUGGUAUUGUCUAACGUGUCAAAUUAUUAUCGUGCGUCGUCUUGUGAUUAGUGAUGGUGUGAAUUUAUGUUUUUACUCGUAAAGUGUUUAAAGGAAAUUAAUUUUUAAUGCUAUUGCGGUUUACGAAAAAAUGUAAAAUGAAAGUUUUCUUUAAGUUGAAGUUUUUCGUUUGUUAAUGCCGCGUGUUUUCAUUGGAUUUUUUUAAAGAGAUAUGGCAUCCGUUUAUAAAAGAUCCCACAAAUUGCAGGAGUUUGUAGCUCACAAUGCCAAUGUUAAUUGUUUGUCUUUGGGGCGCAAGUCUGGGCGCGUUAUGGUCACUGGCGGAGAUGACAAAAAGGUGAAUCUAUGGGCAAUUGGUAAACAAAGCUGUUUUAUGAGUUUAUGCAGUCAUACGACUCCUAUUGAAUGUGUGCAAUUUAAUCAUAGUGAAGAGGUAGUGAUUGCUGGCUCCCGUGCUGGAGCAAUCAAAGUAUGGGACUUGGAAGCUGCCAAAUUGGUGAGAACGUUAACAGGACACACAGAUGGUAUCAAGUGUAUAGAUUUUCAUCCUUACGGUGAUUACUUAGCAUCUGGAAGUGCUGAUUGCCUAGUUAAAUUUUGGGACAGUCGCAAAAAAGGCUGCAUAUUUACUUAUUGUGGACACAAAGGUCGCGUGAACAGUUUAAAAUUUAGCCCGGACGGUUAUUGGCUUGCCAGCGGUAGUGAAGAUGGUAGUGUUAAAAUUUGGGAUAUUCGCGUUGGACGCAUUUUAAGAGAAUUUAAUGAUCAUAUCGGUUCUGUGACCAGUGUUACAUUCCACCCCCAUGAAUUUUUAUUAGCCACAGGCGGUACCGAUCGAACCGUUAAUUUCUUUGAUUUAGAAAAUUUUAAUUUGGUGUCUACAGAGAAAAAUGUCGGAUCUAUUCGUUGUUUGUGUUUCAAUCCAGGUGGAGAGUGUUUAUUUACCGGAGUACAAGAUUAUAUGAAGGUUGUUGGGUGGGAACCUACAAAACUUUAUGAUACUGAGGCUACCAUGUGGGGCCGUGUUUGUGAUAUUUCUACUGCUCAGAAUCAAUUGGUUGGUGCAUCAUUUCAUCAAACCAACGUAGCGGUCUACCUAAUAGAUUUACAAAAGGUUCGACCAAUAGGAAGAUCUAACGAUGUAUUAAACAAUCCAUUUACGCCAAAUCAAAGUACAAGAAAAAGUUUUUCCAAAGCUGAGAAACCCGUUGGAUUAAGAAAUAAGUCAACGAUUGAGGUAAAAACGAUCGAGGAGAGCACAUCUGGCACGGACCCGGAAGAAGAUUCAACGGCUGAUAUCACCAACUUGAAGGAUUACAACGAGAUCUUCCAUGGGAGGAGUUUAGUUCGAACGCCACCACCUUUAGACUCAUAUCUUUACGAAGACAACGGUAUAGAAACAAUAACAGAUCCAACUGCACCUCAAAUUUUAGUAAACGAACGAUGGAAUAAUACGGAACAUCCAUCAUCUUUAGACGAACGUAUCAAUUGUGUUCCAUUUCCAAAGCCCGUAAAAAAUCCACCUUCUCCAUACACCCGGUCUAAAUCCAAUUUGGACCAAGUGUACUCAACGAAAAUUGCGAAAGCUGAAAAAGAUGAGGUGCAAACUAACAAACCGAAAGUACAACAAGCACCGAAACAUGCAAUUCAACGUCAACACAGUCGGGGUAAUGCUCAAGAGAAAACUAAUAAUCACAGGAAUAAUAACGCGAUAAAACAUAGCGCGUCUGAUGCGAAUAUUAGUAAAAGUUUAUCGUCGGCAAGACAAAAUAACCACGUGCGAAAGAAUUCGUUUUCAAAACCUAAUAGGAUACUAAGUGUUCCGAAUGUAACGUCAUCGAAAAUACCGUUAAAUUCAAAUAGAAGUGAGCAUAAUGUGCCUAAAUCUGUCCCUAUUAUGCAAACGCAACCAAUUGAUAUUUAUGUUAGUCCAAAAUCAUCGCCAGAAGAAAGUUUACAAAACAACGAAUUUGACGAUUUUAUUCCUGUUUCUAUCGAUAAACCUGUUGGACUUGAUUUGGACGAUUUUUUACCUAAAUCGGCCAGAUCAUUUGGGAUGCAACAACAAUUGCCGGACAUGUCGGAAACGGAAGUUUUGGGAGUUAUCUUGGGUGGACAUGUCCCAAUGUUGUCAGUGUUAAAAAGUAGAAAGCGCCAGCUUCAAAUAGUUUUAACACAGUACCACAGCAAGGAUAUGAAGUCAGGUGUUGAAACGGCUCUAACUUUUAACGAUUUAGCUCUAAUUAUAGACUUAUUAGGAAUCAUCAAUCAGAAAUAUACUUUAUGGAAUUUGGAUAUAUGUGUUUUAUUAUUACCAAAAAUUGAAGAGUUGUUAUUGACUAAAUAUGAAUCUUACAUCACAAGAGCUUGUAAUUCCCUGAAGUUAAUUUUACGACAUUUCGGAUCUGUAAUCAAGUCAAAUAUACAAUCACCAGUGGGAUCGUUUGGAGUUGAUAUACCACGUGAGGAACGUUAUAGAAAAUCGCAAAAGUGUCACGAAAGCAUAAUGAGUAUUAAAUCGGUACUCGGCAAGAAAAUUUCAAUACCAGGUAACGUUGGUUCAACUAUAAAAGAGAUUUAUACGCAAAUUAAAUCGAUGUUUGACUGACAAUAAAAUUGUUUGUUAAAAAAAAUAUAUAUAUCAUCAUCGGAUCUCUUUAACAGGUUUAACUCGCCUUAGAAUACUUUUUUAAUACGUACAAUUUCAAUAAUAAUUAGUCUCGAGAUGAGCGCACAAAAAAAAACAUACUUAUCGCUAUUUAUUAUUAACAAAAAAUUGAAAUAACUAAUAAAAAUAAAAAUUUUAAGAUUAAAAGAAAGAUCCGUCCAGUAGUUGUAUCACGAUAAUAAUAAUAAUAAUAAUAGCGUUCGUAAUAACGUAUUUUUACACGACUGCAUUUGAGGCAUCCUAAAAUUUAUUGAAUACUAGUGAUGAGUGACGGCUAAAAUACUUAACGACUUUUGUAACAAUAAUUACGGCAAAUUAGAAAGAAAGAAUGAAGAAAAAAUUGUUUUUUUUUGCGUUUAAUAUCCUAGUGUUUGUUUUUUAACGUGUGUAUCUUGCCUGAUAUACUAAUUUUGUGCCAUCGUUCUUGUUUAAUUAAUUUGUAUUUGCCCGGUAUUCGUUUUAUGUCAUGUUUUACGAGGGGCUGGCCUUAUAAAAAAAUUAAAUAGGUUGGUUAAAUGAUUUUCUAACUCUGUAAUAAAUUGUAAGAUACUACUAUUGUAAUAAUAUUUAUAAUAAAAAUGAGUAAUUAUAAA